GGGAAUGGAUUUCAGUCACUACGCAAUGCGGCCACACUUCUUACCGCGAGAGCUUUAAAAACACGCAUUUAUUGGAGGUUUCGGCUAAUUAAUUGCUAAAUAUGCAUAGAAUUCCAUUGCAUAUGGUGUCAGGACCUUGCCCCGAGGCCUCUGAAUAUGUCACGAUGUCCAGGGUCAUGUGUCCGCGCAACCUGAUAGAAUGCGAGCUGUUCUUGAAGGUUUUGCGAAAGGAAACCGAUGCAGUUUUUCACGACUUCUCGGAGAAUGCUCAAAUGUCCCUUAAUGUUUCCAAGGAAUGUAUGAAUAUGAAAAAUUCUGAUGUGUUGAUGAAGACUUUCCAAAGCCUGGACGAAAUCAUCUGCCGUGCACCCAGUGGAACUACAACAUUCGUAGACGCGGUUUUGGCCCGAGCUGUGAUGUAUAUGAAAAGUAACCAGCACGGCAUUGCUUGCAAUGACUUGUUAUAUUACGAGUCUUUGGAUCCAGCUCUCAAGACAGUAGAGGGAACUAUAGUCUCACAAAUCCUUCUUUGCAUAUGUCUCUAUAUGGAGCGUGAAUAUAAAGCAUCGCAGGUUAAAUUGAGUUACUUAAAGGACAUGAUUGAACGAACACCAUUAGCUGAUAAAAGUGAAAUUUCCAUGUUCCUGACUCUAUUACAACAAUAUGAUGAGAAAAUUAACCAAGCUAGGAAAAAUGUUGAGUUUAGCCAGAAAGUUCAAUGCAACCCACUAAUGCCUUUUGAGGGCUAUAAGCUUAUCAGGAAAAUACCAUUCGCCAGCAAAGCAUGUAAAUACUUCGAAAAAACCAUUGAAAAAUCUGCCGGAGUGUUCGCUUCGAGUGACAUCCCCAAAGGAGAAAUAGUUUUGGUGGAGAAUCCUAUAUACUUUCAAUUCAGUUCUCCAUUCAUAAACUGCGAAAUGUGUGGAUUGCAUCAGGAACUGCUCUACACCUGUGAUAAGUGUCGUUUUAAAACCUACUGUUCGAAGUUGUGCAUGGAAUCUGAUUCGGAAGUCCACCAAUAUGAGUGUUAUGGAUAUCGAAUUGGUGUAAUACCUAUGCUUGAGGCUUCGAUACUGUUUCGAUUGUUUCUUGAAUCAGGCGAAUAUAUACUUCCGGCUUUAGUCGAUUUUGCGAUGGAAGGCGGAGUAGUAAAUGACCCUCGUGACGCGUGGAUUUUUAUACUUGAGCAUGCCCAGGAAGAGGAUAAGAAAUACAAUAUUGUCGGGGAAUUUUUAGCCACUUCGCCAGAUUACAAACUGCUGGCCAAGGAGAAGUAUCUCGAAGUUGUAUCAACCGCAUUCCGUCUGUCGGUUUUUAUUUACAAUGACACUGACCUCACAGAUAAAUACUUUUAUUUGCUGGCUUUAGAGAAAAUCGACAUGAUAAAUGUGAUGGCCGCGAUUCUUUUACGGCUUGGUGGCCACGUUCUGUUGAAUUCUCAACGAGAUGAACUCUGCUAUCCAAAAACCGGAGAAGACAUGAAUGAAACUCAUGAAGAAUUCGUAAAGUGUGGUGCUCUGCCGACGCCAAUUGACCGCAUAAGCGCAAAUGCCUUUAAUUACUACGAAAUAAAUGCGAUAUCAGAUUUCGUAGAUUGUUAUAAUAAAGUACAUGACAGUCUAGAUGAGGUCGAAAAUGAAUUGCAGGAGAACUCUUCUAAUAAUAGUCCAGUUUUUUUGUUUGUUGAUCGGCUAUAUUCCAUAUGCAUACAAAAAUAUGAAAUUGACACUAUUGAAGAUCUUAUGAAUGCGAAAACCUUGCCCACACAACAAGUAGAGGAAGUCCUAGAAAUCUUUAACACUUCAAAACGUUGUCAGUUGCUGACAAGUAUUGCAAAAUAUUUUCAUCAGUUCAUUCAUCAAUAUUUUAAUAAAGUUGAAAAUACAUUUCAAAUUAAAUGUACGCUCCGCGCUACCUUAAAGGCUUUUAAACAGAAUUGUUGUGCGUCCGAAAAUGUAAAAGUCAUAUCGCUACCGAGGGGAAAAUGUGUUGGAGUUACUGCUAAAAAUGUCGUUGACGGCGAAGAAUUAGUGAUAUGCUCCGAAUUUGUCAGGCAUCAUGAUCAGAACUUUAUAUUGGAUUUGGUGCAGUGCCGAGAUUUUAAUUUUCUUUCAAAUACAAAUCAUGGAAAAUCAAGUUUCGAAAAAAGCCUUCACCCUUCUCCCGAAUUUUUACGACAUAAUAAAGCAUUCAUAUUUACAAUUAACAAUAACAUUUCAACUUGGAUACAGUCUAGUCAAGAUGUAAAGAUUCAAGUUAAAUUGUCCAUUUUGUACGGCACCUACAAUAGCUUUCUUGCCUUGCAUUGCCCAGAAAAGGAUGAGAUUCGUUUACUGGGAGUCCUUAAAUUUUCCAUGUUUUUGGCAAUGAAUGGCUUUUUGCAACAUGCCAGCGAAAAUAUUUUGCACGUGAUUGAGUUGAUUGAAUUGGAUGAUAUCUAUUUAAAAGAUAUCGAAAUUUACCGACAAACCUUUUGUGUAAUCAGGCGUAUUAUGGAAAAAUAUAUUGACAUCAUGAUUGAUUGCUCGGAUGUGAGUGCAGACUAUCCCAAAAUGGUGCUUGUAAGCUGUUCAUUGAUAUUAAGAAGACUUCAGCUUCAUACGGAAGCUUUAAUUGAUAACGAAGAGGCUUCAUCUUUAUACAUGGAAUAUAGUACCUACCAUUACAAAUGGAAAACAAUACUUAACUCUUACAUUCUCAUGCCACCAGGUUUAAGAAACUUUUUGGUGGACUCUAAAAACUAAGGUAAUUUGUGCUAACUAUUUCCAUGCGGAUGGAAUUUUGGUUUAUGUUAAAGAAACAUUGUUUUUUCUUUCAAUUCUGUUAAUUCUCACACGCGGAACCAAUAGAAAAUAAAUGAUUUUUUUUGUUGAUAUAAUAUGAUUAAAAACACAUUCCAGUAAUUUAGAUUUAUGUUAAAUAAAGCCAAACUGAAUA